AUGAUAUUGUCUGUUUAUUUUGAAAAAUUUGUGAUUAUUACAUGGCCAUCCAGGAAGGAACUGAAAACCUUCAGUUGUUUCGACAACUUCGUGGAGAGUGACAAGCUUGGAUCCCCAGUAUACUCUCCAGAUCACGGAGCUAUCCCACACUUGAACCUUAUCCUCAGAAACCUUCUAGAUAUUCUAAACCUGGAGAAAUCAAGCUUAGACAAGAUAACUGUGAUCGGGUUCAGUAAGGGAGUUGUUGUUUUGAAUCAGUUAGUACACGAGCUGGCCGACCUAGCUAGCCCUGAUCUACUGGAGGGAUUUUCCUUACAUACAUUUAUCUGGCUGGACGGAGGACAUAACGGUGGAAAGGAUAUUUACCUGACUGAUAAACUAAUCUUAGAUAAGUUUUCAAAAUUUAAGAUAAAUGUGAGUGUUCGAGUUACUCCUUAUCAGAUAGGAAACCAGCUCCGGCCUUGGAUUAGGAAAGAAGAGAAACUGUUUCGGAGUAUCCUUCACAACCUUAACACCAGAGCGGAGCGCAAAUGUUUUUUUAACGAUUUAGAACCAAGUAUUGAGUCCCACUUUCAGAUCCUGAAUACCUUUCUCACAGAUCCAAUAGAUUUUACGUGA